AUGCACCCAUCUGAUGUUCAAUUCGUUGUCGGUCUUUCCGGGUAUUUCGUGAAAGACCUCCAAGCAGUCCGACAGAGUCCAACAUACGAUCCACUAAUUGACAAUAUACGCCCUCAAACACCCGGUUUCAAGAGUGUAGUACAAGCUGGUCAAGCUAUCUCUAUCCUGAUACAUCUCCCAAACGGGACAAUUGCACUUGGUGAUUGUGCGGACGUUAUCUUUUCGGGAGCUGCGUCUCGGGACCCCCUCUUCAUCGCCGAAGAGCAUCUUCCUAUCUUAGAGUCUGUUGUCAAGCCUCGACUCCUGACAUGCGACGUUACUCAAUUUCGGCAAAAUGCAAUUGUGAUGGACGGGCCAUGGCCGGAGUUACAGCAUGCCAAAUUGCACUCCGCCGUUAGAUAUGGGAUUACGCAGGCGCUCCUCGCGGCUACUGCAUUGGUGCAUCGAUGCACCAUGGCUGAGAUUAUAUCGCGCGAAUGGGGGACCGCAUUGUCACGUCAUCCGAUUGACAUCCUGGCCUCUUGUCACCGGAACGAUCACUUGCAAUUGGACCGAAUGAUUAUGAAACGAGUCCCAAUGCUCCCCCAUGCCUCCUUCGUGCAUGUACACGACAUAGGGCCCAAAGGCCAAGCCCUAAUAGACUAUAUAGAGAUAGUAUCUCAACGUGUCCAAGAGCGAGGAAGCCCUGGAUACCGUCCUCGACUUCACUUCGACGUCUACGGAACAAUCGGUGAUCUGUUCCCCGACAAUGAAACCCUGGUGUCUUUCCUUGGUCAGCUACAGCGAUCCGCCCAGCCAUACGAUCUGCUCAUCGAAUCCCCAAUCAUCGAACCCACUCAGUCCGAACAAAUCCGACGAUUAACGAAUCUGCGGCAACUCCUGCGACAGCGGUCGAUCCAGGUCCAGAUUGUCGCCGACGAAUGGUGCAAUACGCUCGAGGAUAUCCGGAAAUUCGCUGAUGCGGGGGCCGUGGAUUACGUGCAGAUCAAGAUGCCGGACCUGGGAGGGGUACAGAACAGCAUUGACGCCGUACUUUAUUGUCAGGACAAGGGCGUGGGCUGCUGUCUUGGGGGCUCGGCCAAUGAAACUGAGGUUUCUGCCCGGGUUACGGCGCAUGUCGCCUUGGCCACGAAACCGGGUUUCCUGCUCUCGAAGCCUGGGAUCGGGGCUGAUGAGGGCGUCAUGAUUCUUACCAAUGAGAUGUUGCGUGCGUCUGCCUUGGCGGGGAGGACAAGGGUGAGUCGGUUGUAA